CUGGUUUGAACCGGGUCCGGUUCUUGAAGCUCCUCAACACGAAGUCAGCCAAUGGCAAAGGGGAAUAUGCCAUUGCAUUCGCAAUAUCUAGGGUUUGAGUAGCCUCACAAUUUGACGACUCCAUAUAUAUACCACUCAUACCAUUCAUACUCCUACUUUUUCUUCCUCUCAUUCCGUCUUUGCUUCAUUUUUGCUCUGAUUUCCCAUCACUUCUUUCUUUUUUCUUCUCCCAAUUCACAAAAAUGGCCAUCACUUUCUCAGAUCUCCACACUGAGUCUGGCCUUAAGUCUCUUGAUGACUUCCUCUCUGGCAAAUCUUACGUCUCUGGGAAUAAGCUGACCAAGGAUGACAUUAAAGUUUAUGCUGCUGUUUUGAAGAAUCCCGGUGAUUCUUUUCCCAAUGUUAGCCAGUGGUAUAAUUGUGUGUGUUCCCAUCUUGCCACUUGCUUCCCUGGGAAAGCUGUUGGCGUUGGACUUUGUGGCAAAGCUGCUCCAGCUGAAUCUGCUGAAGCUGAGGCUCCUGCUGCGGAUGAUGAUGAUGAUGACUUAGAUCUGUUUGGUGAUGAGACGGAGGAGGAAAAGAAGGCAGCAGAGGAGAGGGAAGCCUCUAAAAAGUCAGCUAAGAAGAAAGAGAGUGGAAAGUCUUCUGUGCUUUUGGAUGUUAAACCAUGGGAUGAUGAGACUGACAUGAAGAAGUUGGAAGAAGCUGUUCGAUCUGUUGAGAUGCCUGGGCUUUUGUGGGGAGCAUCAAAACUGGCUGCUGUUGGAUAUGGCAUUAAGAAGCUCCAGAUCAUGCUUACUAUAGUGGACGAUCUUGUUUCUGUUGAUAACCUUAUAGAGGAGCACCUCACAACAGAGCCACGCAACGAACAUAUUCAGAGUUGUGACAUUGUUGCAUUUAACAAAAUUUAGAUGAGGACAAUUGUUUUAUGCAACAGCUGCUAGAGUUAGCCAAUUUUGGCCAUGUUAUCCAAACCUUUUUCCCUUCCUUUCCCC